AUUAUUAUUAUUAUUAUUAUUAUUAUUAUUAUUAUUAUUAUUAUUAUUAAUUUAAUUUAGAGUUAUUUUGAAGAAUGGGGAUGUGUCUGCCGUGCUUGGGCGGAGGGCCCGAAGACCUGGUAGAAACGCCAGAUCCAGAAAUCAGAAGGAAACAAUUGGCAGAAGCAGCUGAAAAAAGACAAAAGGAGGUAACAAAUCGUGGAAUCAAGAACCCAGAGGCGGUGGAGAGGAAGAAAAAGAAACAAGAGGAGGUGGAGAAGCAGAUCCUGACAUCCUCUAAAUCUGGAGAGGGUGGGGGACUCAAGUGGCAAGUUGGUUAAAGAGCUACUGGACAGCGUUGCAGAAAGACGUGCUUUGAGUAUUGCCAGCGUAGAUGUGGUUCCCCUUUGACAGAGUGGCUCCUUCUCUACUGUGUCGCUUGUUGGUAUUGUGUGCAUAGAGACUCGGUAUCAUGCCAUUCUCAGUGCCGUCGCGUCCCAGGAAUGUCCAUCCCAUAUGCUUCAUAGGAAAGCAGGACAUGCCAAGAAAGAAGCCAACUUGGAUUCGCCAGGCCUCUCUGACUGUACCUCCCCUUGAAUUUCAAAGAAGGCUGCGUCCUGCGUUAUUCAACCAAAAAUAAAAUGUUGCUCGUAAGUUCUCAUAACCUAAGGCCAGUGUUAACUGAAAAUAACCAAGUGUUUUUUUUCUUUUUUUCUGAGUUAUGUGUUCUCAGUGUUUUGAUUAAAUUCUACUUCAGAUGAUGUGUCAUACCCACCGUAAUUGAUCCAGUUGUGUCCGUUUCUGGAAAUCUCUGGCCUGACUUAGAAGCUGAGAUCCCAUUUCUGGUAAUACUUUGGUCAAGAAAUCAACAUUACAUCAAAAAUCAUAAUAAAGUCCUAGGGAGAAGCCGCGCUCAACUCCUUAAAUUAUUACAAGGAACAGCCUUGUUCCAACCCAUCGUACACUUAGUGAAAAGAUUUGCUGUCAGCUAGACUGAACCCAGCUUUAUUUCUUGGUUCAGUUUGCUGGUUUCCUUGAUUUUACAUUUAAAACUUUCACACUUACUUUGUUUUUGCAACCCUCAGAACCCAAUCCCAUGCAGUAUCUACUUCUACAGCUAAACAGCUGAGUCUCUCAGAAGUCAGCUUUGACAGGUUAAUGUUGC